AUGCAUAUAAAGAUUCGAUGUUAUAGAGAAAUGAAGUGGAGUCUGAAAUUAGUAAAUCGACAUGGUGAACGAAAGUAUUCAUUGGGAGGCAAGAGUUCUAUCAGCAGAACCAAUACGAUUGCUUGGAUGGAACGUCCCUGCUGAAGAACUGAUUCAUAUACCAGAACAUUGGCUGAUCUAUCCUGAACCCAAUCCUUCUCUUCAUUAUUUAUUAGCCAUUGUAUACAUAAUUUUCACUUUUGUAGCGUUACUCGGAAAUGGACUUGUUAUCUGGAUAUUUUGCUCAGCCAAAUCACUAAGAACAUCUUCAAAUUUGUUUGUGGUGAAUUUGGCAUUUUGCGAUUUCUUCAUGAUGAUCAAGGCACCAAUAUUUAUAUAUAAUUCCUUUAAUACCGGAUUUGCUACUGGUCAUUUAGGAUGUCAAAUCUUUGCUUUUAUCGGUUCGCUUAGUGGAAUUGGAGCUGGUAUGACAAAUGCUGCUAUAGCGUAUGAUAGAUACAGUGUUAUAGCUCGACCACUUGAUGGAAAACUAUCUCGCGGUCAAGUGAUACUCUUUAUUGUACUUAUCUGGGCGUACACAAUUCCAUGGGCCUUGAUGCCAAUAAUGCAUGUUUGGGGUCGGUUUGUGCCUGAAGGUUUCUUGACAAGCUGCACUUUCGAUUAUUUGACAGAUACUCCAGAAAUACAAUAUUUUGUGGCCACGAUAUUUACCUUUUCUUAUUGUAUACCAAUGUCACUUAUCAUAUAUUAUUAUAGUCAAAUUGUCAACCACGUUAUUGAUCAUGAGAAAGCUCUUCGUGAACAAGCAAAGAAAAUGAAUGUCGAAAGUUUAAGAAGCAAUGUCAGUGCAAAUACUCAAACUAUGGAAAUACGUAUAGCUAAGGCUGCAAUAACAGUAUGCUUUCUCUUUGUUCUCUCGUGGACUCCAUACGGAGUUCUCGCGAUGAUCGGUGCUUUUGGAGAUAAGACAUUAUUAACUCCUGGUAUCACAAUGAUACCGGCAUGCACAUGUAAAUUUGUGGCCUGUCUGGAUCCAUAUGUAUAUGCCAUAAGUCAUCCAAGAUACAGACUAGAACUGCAAAAACGAUUGCCAUGGUUAGAAUUGCAAGAAAAAUCUACGGACACGCAGAGUUCUACAUCCGAAGUAGUGAAUGUGCCAUCAUCUUAAAUCUUGUUUAAUUUUAUCUUAAAUAGUAAUUAUUUAAUGAUCGCUUGCUAUAGUCACCAUUAAAAUUAUGUUCUUUAUUACUGCAGUAAUAAAAUAAUUGCGUAGUCUAUAUUAAUGCAGUUACAAGUAAAUAAUUGUAAAUAUAUAAAUGUGAAUAAUGUAAACUCUUAAUAAAUACAUUGUUAUUCAGUCUU